AUGGACGGCAAGCGUGCUAAGUCGAGUGUUUGGACUCAUUUUGAGCUGGAUGCAAAUGGUCAUUAUCUGACAAGUGACUGGCAGCUGAAAUCUUGUGUUAUUGCCACAAGGCGGGUAGAAGAGCGUCACAGUGGGGAAAACAUAGCGGAAAUCCUGAAAGGAAUACAAUCAGAAUUCAAAAUCCAAACGGUCUCGGGUUUGACUACAGACAACGCCAGCAACAUGACAGUAGCAGCUAGGAUGGCUGAAUACCCCCAUGUACGAUGUUUCGCUCAUACAUUGCAGCUUGCAGUCGGAGAUGCACUCAAGCUAGAUGCUGUUGACAAUGUCAUCAUUCAUUCAAGGAAACUUGUCUCCUUCUUUUCAAAAUCACUUGUGGCCACACAGCACCUGGAGGAGGUGCAGAAAAAACUGGGGAAACCCAUCAAACACGUCAUUAGUGACGUCUGCACCAGAUGGAACUCCAUCUAUUUCAUGUUUGAGCGGUUGGUUGAAGUACACGCUGAUGUCGUUACAGUUCUUCAUGAUGACAAGAAACAUAAGUCCCUGAUACUAAAAGAUGCUCACUGGGCCCUGAUGGAGCACCUAGUUCAUUGUCUGAAACCCUUGGUAUCAGCAACUGAAGUUCUCUGCAGCGAGCAGUUUCCUACAGCUGCAGGCGUGUAUCCUCUUGUCUUCGCUCUGAUGAAGAAACACCUGCUGCCGUCUGAUCUCGAUGUGGCUGUCAUCACACAGAACCUUCGCUUCUUGGAGGACAACCAGCGGGAACAACUGCAGGAUCACAUUGUAUCCCUCAUCAAUGGUAAUGCUCAAGCUGAAGGUGGAGAUCCCGAGGAUGAUAACAGUGUUCCCGGAGUCAGCGAAGUUCAGGUCAAACAGGAGGAGGAGAUCUUGCCGUCACCUAAGAAAAAGGUGAAGUUCUCUGAAAGUCAGAAGGCAAUGUCCUUCCUACUGGGGGACAUAAUUGAAAUCUCGGAUGAUGUCUCAGACAGGACCGCCAAGCAGGACUAUAGCGACUUUCAAGCAGCCUCCAACAAGUUGUCAGCCUCUCUUAUCAGAGGCAGUUCAUUCUCCUUGAACUGGUGGCGGGAAAAUAAAGUCGUCUUCCCGAGGCUACCUGUUCUUGCACACCAAUAUUUGAGUAUUCCCGGGACCAGCGUUCCCUCAGAACGGGCUUCCCUACUGCCGGCAUGA